ACAAGACGACGAGUAAACAGCAGAUGUCUUUUUUUGCAUAGUAAAAUUAAUAAAAAUUAGUCAUCAAUUAAGUCAAUAAUUAAUUAUUAUCAUUGCGAAGAGACGGAGUCGGAAAGAAAGGACGAUUUAUAAGCACAUGUAAUAUAGCAGCUGCACGUCUACUAAAGAUUUCAUUACUUGAAAUAUUCUUGUGCAUGCUGUUCUUCAAGAGGAGAUGAACUUGACGUACCUCCAAACUUACUCAGUGGAGGGCCAGCUCACAUUUUGGGGUAGAGGUCACAACGUAAUUUGCUGGUCAUCUGAUAACCAAGUUGCUCUUGUACAGAAAAAAGGCGUCAAUGUUUAUGAUUGCCGACAAAAUACUGGGGCCCAAGCGAAGCCAUCCCCAACGCUGACCGUAUACCCAUCGCGCAUCGAUGUCUCCCACAAAUUACAUAUUUCCGACACAGGGAAUGUUACGAGCAGUGACGUUCUGUUUGACGAGGACAAGCAGAACAUCUUCGACUUGAUGAGAGAUCACAUUCUCCGCCCGCAUGGACAUGACUCGACUAUUUUCCAUAAUUACGUCACCAAAGCGGCCUGGUCUCCCAUCCCUGUUUACCGAGGUCGCGACACUGAAAGUCGCUGUAUUUUGGGCGUAAUAACCUCAACCCAUCAACUGUUUAUCUACGGACAAAGAAACCGACGAUUCACAUCUGAUCUGUGGACCGAACCCUGGGAGACCAUCCUAGAUAUCACGGAGACUUACAAUAAAUACCUGUGCGACCUUUGGAAAAAAGAUCAAGACGAUCUGGAGGGCAAGUCCUAUUUUGACACGUACAAAGAACGACUCUAUGAAAUUGCAAUUACAGAUUUUAUUUGGAUUCCUGACUGGAAACUGGACCCCGACUCGAAAUACACUGACGAAGUACAAGGAACCUUCAAAUCAUAUUUCAUGACUUUUCAUGCCAGUGGAGAUAUGUGCUUGUGGAAAAUAGUGGCGUCUAAAACAGUGAUGCCAAAGUAUUCGGUGCGAGUGGUGUACCGAAAGCAAGGGGUGGUUGCGAUUAAUGACAUAGUCUCCACAACAGCAUACUCAUUUGUUUCCGCCGACUUUGGUCUCCUCUUGGUUGGAACAAAUAAGGGGAAAAUCUUAAGCUUCAUUGUGAGUAAAUCGUCAGUGAAGCAGGAAAUGGAUGAGCAACAAGGGCAGCAGCAAAAGUAUGGCAUUGGGAAAGAACAGUGUUUAUGGGAAGAAGACUUGAUCCGAGUGGAACAUUUGAUGAUUUGUCCGCUAACAUCCGGCCGGAGAAAAAUUGACAUUAUUGCUGUGAAAAAUCCGAAUAUUGUCAUUGCCACGACUGCCUCACUAACCGAAUUCUGUCUGAAGGGAAGCGAGUUUUCCAUCGUGAAAGUUCCCUACGGUCCCAUUGUUGGAAUUCAAGUCAGAGAAAAGAGGGAAUUUUUACUCUCCCACGAGCCUGGACAACUCUCCCUCGUCUCUUUUAUAAAUGGAGAGUUGGAAUGCAUGGAGCAUUCUUCCAUCUCCAUCUUCGACCCGCAAAAGUCGACCAAGAAAAAGGCAAUUUUGAUCGGAGAGUCAGUCCAGAAACCUGGAAAGAAGGAGAAAAAGACGAAACAGAUCAAGGAUUCUGAUAAGAGGCUGAUAUUUCAAGGACUUGCUCUCUCCCCAAACAAAACCAUGAUGUGUGUAGCACGCACUGUUGGAGUGUAUUAUGACCAUUUGCAAAUUAGAAGGCCCACCCAGAUCGUCUUCUACUCAUUACUUCCUCCUACAGAACGACUGUUAGAUACAGUCCGAGAGUUGUACGCAGAGAAUGACUUGUCCCUUCGAGGAAUAGCAGAUGUUCUUGUUCCGUUCAGAUUUGCCCUUCGUGGUAAGUUUUCGGGCUCCUUGUUUAGCGAGAUUUUUAACUGGGCCAUCCCAUUGGAAGAGAAAAAAACACAAGAGUUGCAACUGCUCCUCUGGUGUUUGAGAGUUUUUCCGAAAACCGAUCCUACUGAAUGGGACGUUGCUGCUGCAGAAAAGCUGUUCAAUCCUUCCGCUAUGAAAGAAUUACAGGGAUUGGAAGCUUUGCAUAAAUACAGGAUCGAAUUAGUACUGGAUAGAAUUAUGCAGAGGAGGUGUGAAUCCCUGAUUCGUGCAGUAUUACAAAAUCAAGACAGAGCAGAAUUUUCUCUGGAUGAAGAACUCAACAAGCAAUGUUUGAAAGCAAUGGUUGAAUUUCUAAAUUCAAAGAGUCCUAAGAGCAACAAGCUUCCAAAGAUGCCGCAAUUUUCCUCUGAGCCACAUAUUCCAAUGUGUCACUGGUGCAAAGGGCCGCUGGAAUUUCCUCUCGAGAUGUUCUCCUUUGAUGAGGCGUUGAAGGACGUUGACAAGGAACUUAUGACUGGUUUAGCACAAGAACAAUGGUCUGGAUUCAAAUGGAACGUCCGACGUCAUCCAGUCAAAGAGUUUGGAGUGCACAAGCCAGAAAUCUGCAUCCUUACCCUUCUCCCGUUACAGUUUCCGUAUAGAAGAUGCUCAAAUUGCUACGUGUCUGCUCUCUUCGAACCAGCCUUUGGACAACUUCCUUAUUGUCCACUAUGCAAUGCAAUGAUGUAUCCGAACCAAGUGGUGAUUACAGCACCCCACAAAUUAACGAAAGGUGAACCCAUGGACGAAUUGGAUGAUCACCUCGAAAUGGAAUCGUUAGAAAACUUGUUUACUCACGAAAUUGAAGAUGUUCAUGAAUCGGAAUCCGACAGUGAAAGCGAAUAUGUUUCUGAUUCUUCCGAUUCUUAAUACUUCUUUUAUUUAUUUUCGUUUUUUGUUGAAAUUAGUUAAUAAACUUUAAUAAUUUAAUUCGUACUAGUAAAAA